GAAUGUCAAAAAAUCGUAGAAAGGAUUUAUUUUGAAGCAGAAAUGUUCUUAUUACUCUUCUAUAGCUUAAUUUUAUGACAAAAAUACGAAAAUAUUAUUACCUUUAUCAGUAUUUAACGACAUGGACUCUUGGAACUGCUGUAGAGCAUGCCUGGGAGUGGAAGCUUUGCAUCCAAUAUUUCAACUGAUAGAUCAUCAUGAAAAGUAUACAGAUGUUAUUUUUUCAGCCACUGGGCUUAAGGUAGAAUACAACGACGCAUUACCCCAAAAAAUGUGCACCUCAUGCAUAAACUUCAUCAACGCAUCCUACAAAUUCAGGAAAAAAUGUGAAGAAAAUCAAAAAUCAUUAAUUAGCCGCCUCAAUGAGAAACCACAAUACGAAAUUAAAAUAGAAACAAAUAUAUUUGAUGUAGAAAAUAAUGGAAAUGUAUCUAUAGACAUAUCUGACUUAAUAAACUAUAUAGAUGUACAUGUGGUCGCCGUUGCUAGUUACAAUUAUGAUAUUGCUGACAAUAUUGAAAACAAUGAUAUAGAAUUUGAAACGAAAGUCGAAGAUAUUGUCGAUAAACCUGUAGAAUUAAUUUUUAAAAGUAAAAAGAGUAAAAACUGUAAAGAGAAACCUGUUAAACGGAGUUUGCGGAAGAAGAAAGAGAACGGAGAAAAGAAAGAGAGAUGUAAAGAGGAGAUUGAGUGUGAAUACUGCCAUAAGAUAUUAACUUCUAAGCUGUCGUUAAGAAAUCAUUAUAAAAUACAUACUGGAUUUGAUGUUGUUUGUGAACAUUGUGGCAAAAAGUUUAUAACAAGGAGACUGCUACUGAUGCAUUGCAGAGCUAAACACGGUUACGAGAAGACAGACAAGUGUUCCUUCUGUGAUUACAAGGCUUCCAAUGCUGAGCAAGUGAAGAUCCAUGAGCGUCUCCACACUGGUGAGAAGCCGUUCGUGUGCGCGGAGUGCGGCGCCGGCUUCCAUCGCAAGAGCAGCUACCUGCAGCACGUCGCCAUACAUCUGCCGGAGAAGAAUGUGCAGUGCGACCAAUGCCCGGCCCGCUUCAAGUCAGUAACGCUAAUGCGAAUCCACAAGAACCGUCACCGCGCCGCCACGCACGCGUUCCGCUGCGGCGUGUGCGACAACACGUUCGUGCGGCGCCGCAACGUGCUGCGGCACCUCGCGCGCAUACACCACCUGCCGCCCGACCCGCUGCACGUGCGCAGAGUCGAUAUUGCGUGAUGAUAAGUCGCUAAGUGUGUAAAAAGUGGGGUUCGUCACUAAAAAGUGUGUCGAAAAGCGUGAUUCGUCACGAAAAAGUGUGUUGAAAAGUUAUCUCGUCAUCAAAAAGUGUGUCCAAGGUUGGAUUCGUCAUCAAAAGUGUGAUAAAUUUUAACAAUAGCAGCUCCAUACCUAUGUGUGGAAAUAUCGUACAAAGACUAUAUUCAUGUUUAUUUACACGCACAGUAGCUUACCCGCUUUCGUGAAAUAAAAAUGUCUACAAAACGUUUUUUGGAUACUCAAAAGAACAUCCUGAAUGGCUGGUCCAAUCUAGAUGUGACCCGUUAGAUGUAAGCCAUUGUUAAAAGCAAUUUAGGCAACUUUAAUUUGAGAAAUGGUUUAUUUUUUUCAAAAUGAGUUAAUUUUACGAAUUAAGUAUUGGAAUAAGAAUUGCCACCUUUUAUAUGAUUUUCGAUUUGUAAUGUAUUUCUAUGUAACAUAAGUAUUAAAAAUUGUGAUAUUACUAAUAUUUUAGGCUCUCACUAUAAAGCAAUAAGGACCUUUUAAUUUUUAUAAUGCUUGACCAUGAAAAUACCCUAAGUAGUACUAAUUUUAAUUCCUAUACCUAUGAUUAUUAAUUCACUCAAUUAGAUAUAAAGUUAAGGGUCUCUUUAAGGUACGUUUUGAAUGCCAACUGCCGACCGCACAUGCCGCGACUGCAUGAAGUCGGCCGCAGCUGCACUACUGGUUUGUAUGUCAUCAUCAUCAUCAUCCUCCUGCCCUUAUCCCAACUUUAUUCGUGGUCGGCGCAGCAUGUUUUCUCCUUCCAUACUUUUCUAUCUGCCGUCAUCUCACAAGUCUCUCCGUUCUUUCUAAUCAUAUCCACUUUCACACAAUCCAUCCCUUCGGUCGUCCUCUCUCCCUAUACCCGUCCACGUUCAUCACCUUCUUCACACAUGACUCUCAUUCCUCCGCAUCACAUGCCCAUACCAUGACAGCCGGUUUCCACGCAGUUUUUCUGUUACCUACAGGCGCCACUUUCAAACUUCCUCUUAUAUAUUCAUUCCUCACUGUAUUUGUAUGUAUUUACAUGAAACCGUUUUCGCCCUCAGAUAUCGACCGAUUUCAUGCAGUCGCUGCAAGUGCGGUCGACAGUUGCAGUCAGCAGCUAGCAUUCAAAACAUACCUUUAUUUGUGCAAGAGAUUUAAUUAAAUCAAACAUUUUUGUAGCAUUUUUUUUAGAAAGGACUAUAAAUUAUUUCCCCUAGUUAUGUAAGUAAAUUGAUAGAUCCGAUUUCAAUAUUAAUUAUACCUAUUUAUAUUAAUUAUUUUCUAUGAGAAGGUAAUUAAAAACUCUUUUUAAUAGCA